AAUAAUUUUUCAUUUUAAAGGUUUCUAACAAGAAAAGUAAUAAUAAUUCAAUACAAAAAAAAAAAAAAAUGAAUAAAUUAGAAGAUGAUACAGACAGAAACAAUCCUAAGAAAUCCUUAAGCUUGCGUUCAAAGACAUACAAAAAUUUACUAGUUAUAAGUCUAGGAUUUCUUUUUCUUUUUACCGCAUUUCAAGCAUUACAAAAUCUUCAAAGCAGUAUACAUAAUGAUAAAAAUCUUGGAUUUGUCUCAUUAAUUGCAAUCUAUGCUUCGCUUCUAACAUCAUGCAUGUUUGUACCCCCUAUAGUGAUUGGUAAACUUGGAUGCAAGUACACUGUAGUGCUAUCGAUGUUUGGAUAUGUUUCUUAUACACUGUCUAUGUUUUAUCCAAGGUUUUGGACAGUUGUUCCUGCAUCAAUACUAUUAGGAUUUUCUGGAGCUCCAUUGUGGUCAGCAAAGUGCUCCUACUUGACUUCUUCCGGAAUCAGAUAUGGAAAAGCUAUAAAUGUUUCCGAAGAUACCGUAGUUACCAACUUUUUUGGAAUAUUUUUUCUUAUAUUUCAAAGUGGACAGAUUUGGGGAAAUCUUAUAUCUUCUUUAGUCCUGAAACCGUCAGGUGGUAAGUUUAACUCAACUGGAACCAAUAUUGGGGAGAUAUGCGGCAAAAACUUUUGUCCUCACACUUCUAUUAUUUCACAUCAAGAAACAACAAAAUCAACAGUAACAACACUCAUGAGUAUUUAUCUGGGUUUUGGUAUAUUGGCAAUAGCUUUUGUACUUAUUUUCUUGGAUAAAAUAAAAGUUGUUCGUGAAGAAAAAAAACGAGGUGUUUGCGACUUGUUUAUUGCCACACUUAAACAUUUAAAAAAUACUAAGAUGCAGUUAUUAAUACCAUUGACCAUUUUUAGUGGACUUGAACAGGGAUUUGUUUUUGGAGACUUUACCAAGGCUUUCAUAACGUGCGCAUUAGGUAUUGAAAAAGUUGGCCUUAUUAUGAUUUGUUUUGGAGCAGUGGACGCAAUUUUUUCAUUAGUUCUCAGCAAAAUUGUUGAAAAAACUGGAAGACCUGUUGUUAUGAUACUUGCUGCACUAAUAAAUUUUGGUUUAUUGACAACGUUUUUAAUAUGGGAACCAACUGAAAAUACCAUAUAUAUUUACUACAUUGGUGCAGGUCUUUGGGGGUUCGCUGACGCUGUAUGGCAAACUCAAGUCAACGCAUUCUAUGGUCUUCUUUUUCCAACCAACCAAGAAGCAGCCUUUUCGAAUUACCGUCUAUGGGAGUCUCUUGGUUUUGUUGUUGCGUUUUCAUACGGCAACGUUUUCUGUACCAACGUAAAACUUUACAUUCUUAUAGCAACAAUGAUCUUGGGUGUUACUUUUUAUGGCGUCAUUGAAUGGAUUAGAAAUGGCGAAAUAAAAAAGAAAAAUGAUUAUCAUUUAAACGAGAUGAUGUCGUCAUAAAGUAAAGUAAUUUAAUACAAAGGUUUUGACGUUAACUUAAUUAAAUUAUAUAAAUAUAUAUACUAAAUAAUUAUACGAGUAUAUUAAAUCAAAAGUUUUAAUUAUAUAUGUAAUUUAUAAUAACUUAUUGUUUUUAAAUUAUUUACGAAUGUAAUAAA